UCACAGUGACGGAGUGUCGUCGUCGGAGCGCGGUCUGCUCUUCUCUCCCCAUCAGACUCCUUCCAUCCCUCCGUGCCGGAGGAGCGAGGAGGAACCUCUCACUUCUGGCUUAUUUUUCUCCCCCCGCCUGCGCCGCCAUGUCGUCUCUCUCUCUGUCCGCGGACAGGCGGAUAAUACCGGCCGGCGCGAUGGUCGUCCUGCUGCAUGUGGUUACCGUUUACUCCCUGAGCGUCCUGCGCGGAGCGUCCGCCGCCGCGCACCACAGCUGCAGCGGCCCUCUGGUGUCCACGCUGCCCCAGUCGUCCUUCCAGAGCUCCUCCCAGUCCUCAGCCAGCUACGCCGCUCACAACGGGAAGCUCAACAGGAGAGACGGAGCCGGAGGCUGGUCCCCCGUCGUGACCGAACAGGAGCCGUGGCUCCAGGUGGACCUCCGGGAGCGGAUGGAGGUGACGGCCGUGGCCACGCAGGGGCGCUUCGACAGCUGGGACUGGGUCAGCAGCUACCUCCUCCUCUACAGCGACACGGGCCGAGCCUGGAAGCAGUACAGGCACGAGGACGGCGUCGGGAGCUUCGCGGGGAACGUCAACUCGGAGGCCGUGGUCCAGAACAAGCUGUCCCACUCGGUCCGCACGCGUUUCCUGCGCUUCGUCCCCCUGGACUGGAACCCCAGCGGCUGGAUGGGCCUGCGGGUGGAGGCGUACGGCUGCUCCUACAAGUCGUACGUGGCCGACUUCGACGGCAGAAGCUCCCUGCUGUACCGGUUCAACCAGAAGUCCAUGUCCACGGUGAAGGACGUGGUCUCCCUGCGCUUCAAGAGCCACCAGGCCGAGGGCGUCCUGCUGCACGGGGAGGGGCAGCGGGGGGACUACAUGACGCUGGAGCUCCACCGCGGACGACUGGACCUCUACCUCAACCUAGACGACAGCGGGCCGCGGCUCGGCGGCGGCCGCGUGGCCGUCAGCGUGGGCAGCCUGCUGGACGACCAGCAGUGGCACGCGGUCCACGUGGAGCGCUUCAACAAACAGGUCAACCUGACGGUGGACUCCCACACGCAGCACUUCCACGCCAAGGGGGAGGGGCACUCGCUGGAGGUGGACUACGAGGUGAGUGAUGAGGUGGUAAUUAGCCCGCGAGUACCUCGGUGCUUUCAAAAGGAUUUCGGGAACUUGGCUGCGGGGAUUUUCUUCCUCUCGGCCACAGAAGCAUUAGCGAGUCCAGCGGUGAUGCUGGGCGUGGUGGUGGUGAUGACUUCUGGCUCCCGGUUACAUUUAAUUAGCUUGAGUUGGAUUUCGCUCACGAUCCUUCAUUUAAAACCAUCUGUUCCCGUUUCUUGCGCACAGCAACACGUCUCACGGGGCGUCCCGCGAGACAAACUCGGGGGGCGGGGGGUGUCUCUGCGUCUCCGUGGUGUGAAUCCGUGUCCUUGGGUUUUUCCCGUCCUCCAGGGCAACGUGACCUUCUCCUGCUCGCCGCCCCAGCUGGUGGCCUGCACCUUCCUGAGCGCCGCCGGCAGCUUCCUGUCGCUCCCGUCAGCGCCGUCCCCCGCCGGGGACUUCUCCGCCCGCCUGCAGUUCAGGACGUGGAACCCGGACGGGCUGCUGCUCUCCGCGUGGCUGAACCCGGAGCGCCGCGGCCUGGAGCUGCGGAUCAACGGCAGCCGGCUGCAGCUGACCCUCCGCGGCGCCCGGCCGGCCAAGUCGGAGGCCGUCGCUGGUCAGCGGGUCGACGACGGCCUCUGGCACUCGGUGAGCGUCAGCGCCAGCAACCAGCAGAUGACCCUGACCGUGGACGGCGAGCCGCCCGCCGCCAUCCAACUGUGGGAGCAGCUGGAGGCCGAAGGCGACGUCAACUUGGGAGGAUGUCCCACCGAGGACUGUCAGCACCUGACUCCGGACUUCCAGGGGUGCGUGCGGCUCAUAGUCAUCAACGGCCACCCGAUGGAUCUCAAUCGCGUUCAGCAGGGGCUGCUGGGAAACUAUAACGAGCUUCAGUUCGACACUUGCAACAUAAGAGACAGGUGCCUCCCCAGCCUGUGUGAGCACGGCGGCCGCUGCUCUCAGACCUGGAGCUCGUUCUCCUGCGACUGUUGGGGGACGGGAUAUUCGGGAGCCCCCUGCCACACCUCCAUCUACGAGUCUUCUUGCGAGGCGUACAGGCUGAUUGGCAGCUCCUCGGGCUUCUACUCCAUUGAUCCGGAUGGGAGCGGCCCCCUGGGGCCCACGCAGGUAUACUGCAACAUGACAGAGGAGAAGGUGUGGACGGUGCUGGCGCACAACGGCACGGCUGCGGUGGCGGUGCAGGGCUCCUCGCUCCAGCGGCCCCACGUCACCAGGUUCGACUACGGCGCCUCGGCCGAGCAGCUGCGGGCGGUGGUGACGGGUUCGGAGCAUUGCCAACAGGAAGUGGUUUACAACUGCAAGAAGUCCCGCCUCUUUAAUACAAAAGACGGCAGUCCGCUGACUUGGUGGCUGGACCGGGACGGAGAGAAGCGGAGCUACUGGGUGGGCCUCCUGCCUGGGGUCCAGCAGUGCUCCUGCAGUCUGAAGGAGAACUGCGUGCACAGGAACUACUUCUGCAACUGUGACGCCGACGGCGACGCAUGGGCCAAUGACACGGGGGUCCUCUCCUACAAAGACCACCUGCCAGUGAGCCAGAUAGUGAUCGGAGACACCAACCGGACGGGCUCGCAGGCCGUCCACCGCGUCGGCCCGCUGCGUUGCUAUGGAGACAAGUCCCUGUGGAACACCGUGUCUUUCUACCAGGAGGCGUCCUACCUGUACUUCCCCACCCUGCAGGCCGAGCUGGCCUCGGAUAUCUCCUUCUACUUCAAGACCAGCGCUCCUUCAGGAGUGUUUCUGGAGAACCAGGGUCUCAGGGACUUCAUCAGAGUGGAGCUCGCCGCUCCCUCGGUGGUGACGUUCUCCUUUGACGUGGGAAACGGUCCAGCGGUCCUGACCGUGAACUCCCACCUGCCCCUGAAUGACAGGCAGUGGCACUACGUGAGGGCAGAGCGCAACGUGAAGGAGGCCUCCCUGCAGGUGGACCAGCUCCCCCUCCGCUUCCUGCAGGCUCCGGCUGACGGACACCUCCGCCUGCGGCUCAGCAGCCAGCUGUUUGUGGGAGGAACGGCGUCCCAGCAGAGGGGCUUCCUGGGCUGCAUCAGGACGUUGACCGUCAACGGGGCCGGCUUCGACCUGGAGGAGAGGGCCAAGAUGGCGCCGGGCGUGACCUCCGGCUGCCCCGGCUACUGCAGCGGCUCCACCAGCCUCUGCCACAACCGAGGGAGGUGCAUCGAGAAGAGCAACGGCUACGUGUGCGACUGCUCCCAGUCGGCCUACGGGGGGACCACCUGUAACCAAGAGGUGUCGGUGUCCUUCGACAUGGAGUCCUCGGUGACCUACACCUUCCAGGAGCCCUUCUCGGUGAUGCAGAACAGACGCUCGCAGGCCUCCAGCGUUUCUGCAGAAAGCAGCAGCAGGGCCAGAGAGGACGCCGCCUUCAGCUUCGUCACCUCCCAGAGGCCGGCCAUGCUGCUCACCGUCAGCACCUUCAGCCAGCAAUACAUCGCUGUCAUCCUGGCCAGGAACGGGAGCCUGCAGAUCUGGUAUCACCUUCAGACCGACGGGAGUCCAGACGUGUUCAGCCCGGUCCUCGCCAACCUGGCGGACGGACGACUCCAUCGGAUCCGAAUCCACCGAGUGGGAAAGAACCUCUACGUGCAGAUCGACCAGGACAUCCACAGGAAGUACACACUGUCAUCUGAUGCAGAGCUGAUCCUAAUCAGGUCCCUGACAUUGGGCAAAGUCGCCAAGACGGAGAACCUGGCGGAGGAAGUGACGCAGGCGGCUUCCAGAGGCUUCAUUGGCUGCCUCUCCUCGGUGCAGUUCAACCACGUCGCGCCGCUCAAGGCGGCGUUGACCAACCGCGGCAGCUCGCUGGUCUCCAUCCGCGGCCCGCUGGUGCAGUCCAACUGCGGCGCGCUGGCGGAGUCCACCUCGCGCACGCUGCAAGAUGAAACUGUACCAGCCAACAAGGAGAAGGAGCAGCGCGCCAGCAGCGCCCAGAAGGAUUUGGCCGUGAUAGCAGGUGUGGUCACAGCGGUGGUCUUCAUCGCCGCGUGCGCCCUGGCUGUGGUAACCCGCCUGCUCUACCAGCAGCGGCGGGCGCAGAGGAGCGGCGGCGCGGCGGUCAAAGAGGAGAGCCGACACGGCAUGUACACGGACUACAGGACAGAGCUGCACCUCCACGGCGCAGCGGGGGACAACAUGAAGGAGUACUACAUCUGACACCCGGAUUAAGGACUAACAGGUGGACGCGCCGCUGCAGGAGUCCCUCUCUUUCUCUUUCUGUUUUUUACAACAACAACAAAAAAAACAUCCACGUGCCCCCGAAAGUCCCCCCCCCCCCUCCCCAACCCCCCCCCUACCCCCAACAACAACAAAAAGCCUGCAGCCGGUGGCGCCGCGGCCGAAGCUCUGCAGCGGUCGGUGUGCUUGAUGUCGGUGAAGCUGCCGGAACACAGCUGCUGUGUAGUCGCAAACAUGUGUGAAGCAAAAAGGUGGAUGUCCCGCGGUGGGGGGUGUUGGGGGGGGGCGGAGAGGGACGCCCCGGGAAACGCUGCUGUCCGUCCUGAAAGCGCACAACUCGGCACAUUUGGUUAGAAUGGGCUGAGACGGACCCGCCCAAGCUUUCUGUGCGAGGAGGCGCAGGCCUGUAAGAUACGCGCGCAUCUGCUGCCGUCUUUGUUUUUUUUCCCCACUGGUGGUGAAACGUUCCAGCAGAAGAAACAGGGACAACACUGCCUAUACUGUAUGAGUGCCUAAUUUGCAUACAAGCUUUCAUUUUGGACAUUUUGCGAGUGAUCUGUGUGAUUUCCAUAGAAGGGAGCUUGUUGUCGUUGUGCAGAAUAAAAAGGAGGUUUUAGUUUCCUGCCACUUGACCACCAAUAAAGGAUAACAGGCGGAUUGUUAGGGUUAUUAUUCACAAUUGUGUAAUCUUCAGCCAACUGGAUGCGAACCAGAAUGUAAAUCAACACGUGUUCCAGGUUUUCAAAUCUUGCCCCCCCCCCAAAAAAGGCAUUGCACACCAUUCAUGUGCAUUGUUUUGACAGCAGAUGUUCGUUUGCUUUUAUUUAACUGCACAAUCUGCUGUUGUAUUACUUUUAAAGGUGCAACGCGUCAGAUCCGUCCAUCUGCUCCAAGCAACUAGGGGGCAGCACCUCACCUCUUUUACCUUUUUCCAACAGUCUAAAUGUGCAGCCGUCAGAUAUAAUAAUAUACAGAAGCGCCUAUUGAAAUAACUAUUUUUGACCAGUUUAACGUCUCCCUCUCUGCAGCACAAUACGUUAACAUAUUUCACUAUAAAGUCAAAACCGUAAUCUCCUCACACUUUGCUGUCUCUUAUUUUAGUUUAUAAGGUCUUUAGACAGAUAUUACACGUUGCACCUUUUUAAAAGUAUGUAAGAUUCCAAAAGCAGCGUGUACAUGGAAUCAUGAAAGUAGCAAGAAAGAGAUUACUAAAGGAGAAGAUCCAGGUAGCUCCAGGUAGCUCCAGGUGGUUCCAGGUGGUCCCAGGUAGCUCCAGGUAGCUCCAGGUGGUCCCAGGUGGUUCCCAGAUCGUGACCUUCCCCACUACACUUGGUCACUCUACCUGAGUUUGUACCGCUUGUCUCGGGCUCGGCGAUACAAGCCAAACUUAAACGGUGCACCAAACCGAAACAAAAGUACCGACGCAAAGGUUUUGUGUUUUUAGAGCUUUUUGCAAAAUAAAAAGGGCCACCAGGCAUAAUUUGUUUUAUUUAUUAUCUGGAUUACAGGGAUACGUAUGUUUUGUAUACGGAGUAGUGCUCCGGUGAGCCUGUAAUGCGAUUAAACACCAGAACAAAAAGUGAUUCUUAUUCUGGAAAUGCUACGUCUCACCUGCAGCUCGUGUUGGGGGACGACAUCUCGCUAGCUUAAGCUGCUCCAAAGCAGGUCAGCCGUCCUUGUCUUUGUCGGUUGUAGUUUGAACGAGCUCAACAAAAGGCUUGAGCCGGCUUUGGGUAUCACUGUCAUGAAUGAAUGAAGUCAUUACAAUUCAACCACCUGGGAUUAUAAAUGUCUGUACAAAAAUUCAAGGGAAGCGAUUCACAAUAGUGAAGAUAUAUUUUAGGCUGGUUUUCCCAUUUCUGGACCAAUGCACCGAUGGACUGAUGGAUGAGAAAGCGAUGAACAUUACCGCCCUCUCUGACGCCCCACAGCCUCCGUCUGGCUGAAGAUCCCCAGACAGGAAGUGAUGCGAGGUAGCGGCAUGAUCCAAAGAUCGUCGGGGUCCCAUCUGUGCAUGUCCUUGUUAUUUAAGUAUGUCUCAAGCUGUGGUAGUGUGCAGACCCCCCGUUAUCAGUGAAUGAGAACAUGCCUCUUAGAGUGUUUUGGUUAUAUUGCAAUGGGUUAUAUCACGUGGUUACUCAUUCUUAAUGAUUUGUAUAGCUGCAGUUUUAUUAAGGAUCUAUUGUAUAGAUGUAUAAUUUAAUAAUAAAAGUGAAUAUAUUGAUUCA